GCGGUGAGCGCCCGACGAGUGUCUAAGGAGCUAUGGACAUGACAGUGCGGGUAGUAGUGUGCGAGGCGCGGACCUACGACCACGACUGUGACUCAAGCCUAUAGCUAUAGCCUCACCGCUCUUCUUUUCCCUUCAAGUUGAAACUUUUCUUCCAAGAUAGAGAAAAACGGAGUCACCAUCGCUCACUACGAGGUCCCGGUAUGGGAGAGUAGAGGGGGGCCGGGGGCCCAGCGGCCGGCCAAUCAGAGGGCUCGUGUCUUAUGAUGUCAUCAGAGGAGGAGGCAGACUGCUUCGGUUUGUACGGCGACAAACUAUCCAAGAAAGCGAAACGAGCCAGACAGCGCGUGGACGCCGGCGAGCCGCGUAACAGCUACUCCUCGAUCCCCAACUUCAGUUCGCGUCCGAGUUUCUUCACCGGUGGUUUAUACGGUGCUUUCUUCCAACAGAACCAGCAACAGUUCGGGAUCUUCGGGCCGGGCUUCGCGCCCAAGAUGCUCAACGAGUUACUGGGCAGACAAGUGAAGGACGCAGCGACUCCUGGUGACACCAUGAUGACGAUGGACUCCGACAACUUCGACUGUUCGACCGUGAUCCGACGAGGACUGGAGGAUAACGGAUCUCCGCCACCAGGUGAUAUCGCGCAUCACAUGCUCAGGGACAUUCUUCAGGGACGUAAAAAGGAACUGUUGGCACUCGAGCAAGAGUUGCGGGUAGUGAACGCGUUGGGGGGCACCGAGCCCCCUUCCCCGGACAAUAACAACAGUAUAAACAAUAAUAACAACAACGAGUUGAAAAACGGUGCUGUGACAAACAAUGGUGAAGUGAGUGAAGAUUGUGGGAAGGAUUCUAUGGUGAACGGAGGUGCGGAUUCGGACAGUGGAGAUGACGAGCAGGCGGGUGAGGACCAGAGCGGACCACAGUCACAGGAUCCACGGGCCUCGGAGGAUGCGGUGCAAGGAUCUGACUCUGAACCAGGCUCUCCCACACCACAGGACGACACUGAGGAAAACUCAGGUAAUAAAGAUACCAGUAUUAAAACAGAACAAAUAGAAUUGAAAAGAGCGAGGGUAGAAAAUAUUGUUUCUUCAAUGAGGUCUAGUCCCUCUCUUCCAACUCAAGUCAAUGGCUGUAAAAAACGUAAGAGGUAUCAUCCUCAGCAGCACGAUAAUAGUGCAGCGGAGCGGUACGCCGCUCUUGGCAUCAAUAUGAAUGCGGCUAUGCUUAUAGACGAUGAUGAGGAAGAUGAGGUAGAACCUAACGAGAUUAGACAGAAAAGAGUAGAGAAAGAUGCGUUAAAAACUCAGCUAAGAACCAUGCAAGAGCAGUUAGCAGAAAUGCAACAAAAAUAUGUUCAGCUUUGUACUAGGAUGGAUCAAGAAUCCGAGUGUCAAGAUAAUGAUGAUGCAUCUAGUGAUAUGGAGCAGGAGGUCAGUAAUUUAACUAUUCCCGACAAGCCAGCGACUUCAUCGUCGGCUUCUACCCCAGUUAAAGACAAUAUUACCAACACUCCCGCAUCUACUCCUGUUAGCCAACCAAUAAUGUCUCCCGCAAUAAGCAAAAUGUUACCAUCUAAACUCCACCCUCCUCCACACCUGCCUCAGCAUCUUCCCAUACCCCCGACCUUCAAUGGAGCCCUGUCCUUACUACAACAACAGGUGUUACAAGAGCAGCAACACGGCCCUCCUCACGGACCUUUACCUCACCAUCAUCUCCACCCUCACCCUCAGAUGAACCCUCACCAUGCUCUAAGUAACGCUGCUGCGAUGUACCUGGGAGUUAGCCAUAAGUUGUACAUGGAACAAGAGGCUCGUAUGAAGGAGGUUGCCAUGGCCGCUGAACAACACCAACAUCAGCAGCACAUGAGUCAACAACACCACGGCCAUCAACAGCACAUGAUGAGUCAUCAUCAACAACAGCAGCAGUCCGGGCAUCAACAACAAGCUCCUCAGCCUCCUCAACAACAGAUUCAACAACAACAACAAGGCAGUCAAACACCUCACAGCCAGCCAUCAACUCCACAUCCUCCUAACCCCACCCAAUCGUCUACCCAAACGCAACCUUCGACUCCCCAUCAAAACCAACAUCCUCAAUCUCAGACAACCCCACAACCCCCACCUCAAUCUAAGACUGCAUCCGAUUUCGCUGAAAGGCUCAGCAUACUCCGGAAUCAAGCGCUUGCUCCGCCUGUCUCUGGGUCCGAUUUGGAAGGGCUCGCAGACGUUCUCAAGACUGAAAUAACAACUUCGCUAUCAAAUCUUAUCGAUUCAAUAAUGUCAAGAUUUGUACAACAACGACGGUUCUUUGGAAAACAGUCGGAAGCUGCGGCUGUAGCGGCCGAACAACUUAACAAAGACUUGCUCCUUGCCUCUCAGCUGUUGGACAGGAAGUCUCCUCGCAGUAAGGUCGUCGAUAGAGGAAACCAAGGACCUCCUGAAAGAACACCAUCUGGUAGCAUGAACGGUUCACCUCAGGCUCAGGGUGGACCCCCACGGUUGAACGGAACAGCGUUCCCGAGCAUGCCAGUACCACAACAUCAUCAAAAUAGCUCAAACAACAGCAACAACAACACCAGCAACCCCGAAAACAACAUAAAUACCAUGAAUCUACCACAUAUAAGGUCAUCAUUGAACCAGGCUAUGUUUCAGCCUCCAAAACCUCCUACGAGCAGCAUGAACUCAGCUGUCGUCCUGUACAACAACAUGAACAGCAUGGCCGGCAACAGCAACCCUUACUGUGUGAGCGACUCCAGAGAAGGUGCGCCAGAACAGAACGAAGCUCUUAGUCUCGUAGUCGUGCCUAAGAAAAAGCGACAUAAGGUGACUGACACGAGAAUAACUCCAAGGACCGUCAGUCGUAUCCUAGCUCAAGAUGGCAUCGGAACUUCUCCUCAGGGAAAUCUCGAUUCGUCUCCAAAAUUCAACAUGAUUCCCUCCACAAGCUCCAGCGGAGGAGACUCCCCGCCUCCUCGCCCGUACCAUCCUCCACCACCUCCCAUGCUGCCAGUUUCAUUACCGACAUCAGUAGCCAUCCCAAACCCCAGUCUUCACGAGUCUCAGGUGUUCUCACCGUACAGUCCGUUCUACGGUCCGCAUCACCAACCUCCUCACAUCCCCUCGGCCAGUCCUCCAGGCAUGGGAGACCUGAGGGAUUCACCACCUCUACACCCACCGACCCUACUACACCCGGCUCUCCUGGCUGCUGCCCAGCACGGCUCCCCGGACUACGGUGGCAUGAGGGCACCCUCGGCCGGCCUGGGAGGUGCCAACGACAGUGUUGAUCGGUCGUCCGACUGCAACUCCGGAGAUGGCCCCUACGACGGCAUCACUCCUACAGAUUCGCCCAGAAACGGGAUCCCCAUGACUCUAAGCUACGGGCUCACUUACGAAGCCUCUAGUUUAGCCUACCUACAAAAGCUAGGGUAUGCUCCAAACGCAAAUGACUCGAGCCAAACAUCUUUGCCUAAAGACGGAUCCUUAACUGAGCCCCACUCGUCCACCCUGACGCCGAUGCAUCUGAGGAAGGCCAAGCUCAUGUUCUUCUGGGUGAGGUACCCGAGCUCCGCGGUGCUCAAGAUGUACUUCCCUGACAUCAAGUUCAACAAGAACAACACGGCGCAGCUCGUCAAGUGGUUCUCCAACUUCAGGGAGUUCUACUACAUCCAGAUGGAGAAGUACGCUCGCCAGGCGGUGAGUGAAGGAGUCAAGUCUGCUGAGGACCUGCAUGUCAGUGGCGACUGUGAGAUAUACAGGGUCCUCAACUUGCACUAUAACCGCAACAACCACAUUGAGGUAUGUGGCCCCCAGGUUCCUCCAAACUUCAGGUACGUGGUGGAGCAAACUCUCAAGGAGUUCUUCAAAGCUAUCCAGUCAGGAAAAGACACGGAACAGUCGUGGAAGAAAUCCAUCUACAAGAUCAUCUCCCGCAUGGACGACCCCGUUCCGGAGUACUUCAAAUCACCCAACUUCCUCGAGCAACUGGAAUAGACACAUUAGUUCUUAAAAAGAAUUUUUACUUUCGAGUUCUCUUCAUUCUCGAUUCUUCGACAAGACAAAACGAAAACCUGUUACCAGCAGGAUAAAUCUGUAAGCUGUUUCGUGUAGUGCGUGAGUAAGACGUGUAUAUAUGUGUUGUGAAUAUCCUGAUCCCCUUGGUUGUUUGUACAUAAGUUAUAUAGAGACUCGAUGAGGCGCUGGUCUAUCAAAUAGACUCGUAUAGUCGUGGAGCAGUGGCAGUGGCAGUGGCAUAGCGCAGAGACGUUACCUUCGCAGUCACCACUUACAUGCGCAGUCCACCAGCACCUACAUUAUUUAUGUUGUAUAAACUAUUAUUUUUUAAGACAAAGAAAAUUAUUAUAUAAUUAUAUUAUUUUCAAAUUUUAUAUGACAUUUGGAAAGUUAUGGAAUAUAUUGUUUUAAUUUAUGUCCUAACUUUGCCACUUUUUGGCAAUUUAAUUUUGGACCUGUUGAAAAGAAAUCUAUUUAAUUUUAAGUUAAAUUUAAAAUUUAUGUAGUUAAGCGAGUUUAUUUGUUAAACAGAGUUUAGGAAUAACUUCAUCCUUUGUGUCGGUUGUGUUUUCAACUUUGUUUUCACCGAGGUUAACUCUGCGAGCUGGUUGAAAACCUGGCUCAAAGUGUGACCCUAUUCCAAAAGUGUGACCUAGUCCUCGACAGAAUAAAGACUGUUUAGAAUUUGUUUGUUGACUGCAAUAGAUAUUGACUGUUGUUGGUCAGUUGGUGAAGCCGCUUGUAAAUCGUAUCCGCCUGGUCUCUGACUUCUCGCCUCACGUUCACUUUGUAUUACGCUAUUAAUAUAUAAAUUAUACCAUAGAAUCAAAAUUGCCAAGUCGUAUGUUCCUAUUUAUAUAUAGAUAAAUUUUUAUAAAUAUGGCUUUAAAACUAUUCUAGUAUAAAGGUUUGUAUAAAAAAGUUUAUUUUGUGUAUUUGGGAUUGACAAUAGCCUACAUCAAAAUGAACUCUGCGGGAAGUCAGAACCAACAAGUAACAUUCCACAAACCAAAAAAAAUUGUUUUGUUUAUAUUCUUUUCAAUACUUUUUAUAGUUUUAUAAUUAUUUCAUUAUUAUUUAGUUAGGAAGUUUCACUUUAUUUUCACCAUUUGCACUGCUUUUGUUCUGAUUUCACGUGAUCUCACACGAUGCAAAUGAAUAUAUUAUUUAAUUAUUUAUUAUAGUUUCUAUUGUUAUUUUAGUUUAAUAUCGAACCAUCAUCAAUUUGUAUCAGUGGAGUGGUGAGUUUUACUAGUCAAAUACACGCAUUUAUUCGAAAACAGGCGUUCUUUGUGUGUUAUCAUUGUCUAUUAUUUCCAGUAUUGUACAAUGUGUUGUUAUUAGCAUAGGAACCCGACUCAAACCUCCCAUCCCGGUUUGUGAUACCUUUUACACCGCUGAGAAAGAAACAAAACUGAAGAUGUUUUGAUACCUGCAAUCCACAAGAUAAUAAUUCCAUUUUUAUGUAAAAUUUACAUAUAGAAGUUCGAUUAAAAGCUUUUCGAUAUUUUCACAGAGUAAAAAGAACACUGGUCGGUUUAGUGUCAAAUUGUGAACAUUUUGUACAGUGACGUUAGCGAAUAUAAAAAUUAUUGAAUUUAAUAUUUAAAUGACGCAUAUGUGUUUAUAUAUAAGACAAAGUAAUUUAAUGAUAUAUAAUGAUAUACUAGGAUGAAGUGUGUGUGCUUUGGUUCUGUGAGAGAUAAUGGCACGGGACCACUCAUUGCCAGAACCAGAACCAGGGACUUCCUUCCCCAACAGCGAAUACAGUUUACAGAUGCUCCUUCCUACCUUCACUCUCCAUGCUCACCCCACGCAAUCAUUGUUCAGGGUAGAAUUAAACUCUUUCAAUUUUAGAAUGAGUAAAUUCAGUUUUUGAGCUAUGAAGAUUACGAAAAACACUUGUCGUGGUCAAUCUAUCUUACCUAAUCUUUAAUUUUACCCUGAACACGUCAGAUAGGUACCGUACCAUCGUUAUUUAACAGCAGGAUUUCCCGACUGGUAACAAUAGUGACAAGGAGUAUUACAGGCCCACCACUUGAAAGACACUUUUGUACUGUAAAAUAUUACCAAAGUGACCUUUAAGUAAACAAUAAGAUGAGAACAGAUCUAGGGCACUCCAAAGUCACUCAACAGAUAGUAUUCAUCCACCCAGCUCUCUUUGGAAUGACACAUCAUAAGAAAAAGAUGCAAAUUGAAUAAUGACGUUCAUUGGGUAAAUGAAAGCACUCUUUGACAAUAUUAAAUAAACUCAGACAUAACUUGUUUAACUUGAUAACUUGUUUAUUUUACUUGUGAAGGUUUAGACCAAAGGUCCAAUCCACCACCUUCACAGGCUACAAAAACACAAAUACAAACUCAGACAUGAGAUAGUUUGCGAUAAUAUUGAAAUAAUCUUGUUUGCAAGAGUAAAUGAGAACUUACAAAAUUAUUAGCAAAAUCAGAUCAUGAUGAGAAUUUGUAAAUCAAAGUACCGGUAUUUUACAUAAAAAUAUCAAUAAUAUUUUGGUAAAUAAAUAAAUUUAUUUGUG